AGAAGAAGAAGAAGAAGAAAUUUGGUUGGCUACGUCGGUUAUCAAUCACCGCAAGCUUUCUGUGUCCGGAAGUGGUUACAAAACAGACAGAGGUGUGUGGAGUGGGAAGGACGCUUCGCACAGACGCUGAGGAGAAACUAAACUUUAAACACGAUGGUGUUGGCAGAAGUGCUCCAGGUGGUGAGGGGGGCUGGAAAGGUGGGUGCUGCCUUUGCCACCAUUCAGGGUGAACAGCUCAGACUGAUGGCCUGCAACUCGACCUUUGGUGCAGGGGUCAAAGCUGCACAGGAGGCGGUUGAGGUCGUGAUGGGCACGGUGAUGGAAGCAGGCGUGACACCUAAGACUGAGGAGUUCCCCGACAUUGAGAAGUGGGAGGAGAUGGACCCAGAUGAAGCAGCAAAGUGGGCUGUGGGCUCUGAAAUGCCUCCAGAUAUCUCCAGCAAAGAAGGACGGGAGGAAACACCAGCGAUGCCUUUUGGUGCACCUACUGGCACUGUCAAAGGAAAUGGCUGGCCUGGUCAAAGCACUCGAUUUCUGCAUGUAUCAAUGUCUCAUCUCCGUGUUAGGUUUGUCCAUGACUCUAUGGUUGCCAGGUUAAGCCCUGAAGACAUUAAAAAGGCAAGGGAGGCAAAACAGAAUAUUGCCAGGCCUGUCCGACAAAAGCUUAGUGAGCGAGCGAGAGAAAGAAAAGUACCGGCAACCCGGAUAAGCCGACUGGCUAAUUUUGGAGGAUUAGCUGUUGGACUUGGCAUUGGUGCCAUUGCUGAAGUGGCGAAGCAGUCUUUUGGAGGAAAACGCUCAGGUUAUAUGGGGGCUCUUUUAGACUCUCCCCUCCUGUCAGAGGCCAAUGCAGAGAGAAUAGUGAACACACUGUGUAAAGUUAGAGGAGCGGCCCUCAAGAUUGGACAGAUGCUAAGCAUUCAGGAUAAUAGCUUCAUUAACCCACAACUGCAGAAAAUAUUUGAGAGGGUUCGACAGAGUGCAGACUUCAUGCCAGCCUGGCAAAUGCAUAAAGUGCUUGAGGAGGAGUUAGGAUCUGGAUGGAAGGAGAAGCUCUCAUCAUUUGAGGAAAAACCCUUUGCUGCUGCUUCAAUUGGUCAAGUGCAUCAUGGAGUCUUGCCUGAUGGGAGGGAAAUUGCUAUGAAGAUACAGUACCCUGGUGUUGCUGAGAGCAUUCGUAGUGACAUCAACAAUCUCAUGUCUGUUCUGAAGAUGAGUGUUGUGCUGCCUGAUGGUCUAUUUGCUGACAGUAGUCUUGAGGUUCUACAGAGGGAGCUGGCAUGGGAGUGUGACUACAAGAGAGAGGCAGAGUGUGCAAAGCGAUUUAGGAAUUUGCUUAAAGGUGAUCCAGUGUUCGUAGUCCCUGAGGUUUUUGAUGAGCUAUCGAGUCGUCGAGUGAUCACAAUGGAGCUAGUUCAUGGAGUUCCACUGGACCGCUGUGUUGAUUUGAAUCAGGAGAUUAGAAAUGAGAUCUGUUUCAACAUCCUGCAGUUGUGUUUGAGAGAGCUGUUUGAGUUCCGCUUCAUGCAGACAGACCCUAACUGGUCCAACUUCUUCUAUAAUAGUGAACAGAACAAGAUAUUUCUGUUGGACUUUGGAGCCUGCCGAGACUACCCACAGUCAUUCACAGAUGAUUACAUAGAGGUGGUCCAUGCAGCAUCAGUCGGCGACAGGGCUGCUGUUCUGCAGAAAUCUAAAGAUCUGAAUUUCCUUACUGGUUUUGAAGCCAAGGCCUUCGAGGAUGCACACGUAGAGGCAGUUAUGAUCCUCGGCGAAGCGUUUGCUUCUACUGAAGCGUUUGACUUCGGCACUCAGUGUACCACACAGCGCAUCCAGAGCCUGAUCCCUGUCAUGCUUCGACACCGUCUCACUCCUCCUCCAGAGGAGUCUUACUCUCUCCACCGCAAAAUGGCUGGCUCAUUCCUCAUCUGUUCCAAGCUGAAGGCCCGCAUUCCCUGCCGAAAUAUGUUCCUUGACGUUUACAAUGCCUACCAAAGUAAGAAAAGAUGCAUCUAGGUUUAGACUUGUCGAGUCUACAAAGUGACAUUGUGCACUACAACCAAGGGCGAUAUGUUCUUGUAUGUAUCAUAAAAGUGAAUUUCUUGAAUGUUUUAUAUGUGAUAAUCAUUCAAGAACUUGAUGUAAGAUGUUUAACUUCUGACUGACAGACAGUUGUUUAUUUAUAAAUCUGGAGUGUUCAAAUGUUCCAUAAUACAAUUCUAUAUGUCCUACAUUUGUUUAUUCCUUUAACAAAAUACUCUCAUUUGUUGGUUUAUCAAACAACAAGCUCUGAGUGUAAAGGUGUAUGUUCAUAGAAUUUGUUUAUGAUCAUUGCCAAGCUUUUAAAAUUAAUAUUAAACAAUGAACAGAUUGCCUGCAGUGGAGAGAAAUGCAUUUCAGAAUUCCAUAAACGUAACAAUGUGACAAUUUUAUUUAACAUCAUGUUGCUAUUUAUUAGAUGUUAGGAAAGUCAUUGUAAGUCUGUGUGUGCAGUAUGUCACUUUUCAUCAUUAAAAGUAUGACAGCUGAUUUAACA